AGCACUUAGAGCUACGACAAGAGCUAAUCUUUAAAGAAACUGGCUAUCAAAGCAAAUGGGUCUCGGCCCCCUAAAGCUUUAGUGGUCUUGUUCUCCGUUGCUCGAUGAGACAAAGAAGGCGUCGGUCAAACACUAACAAUUUAUAGCAAUGAACAAGGCCUUUCUUCAGUCCUUUCUUCCAAAAUGGUUCAGCUUAAGCACGUAUAUAGUAUCUCGAGUGCCGGGGCUUCCAACAGAAGUCAGCAAGCCACGCUUACAAGUCGAUCAAGAAAUAUAGUGAUCCGUUAUACAGAUUGCUGUGCAAACUCUAAAGUCGCCUUUACCAGAUUUUCACUUCUUGUUUCAAUAGGUAUUUCUAAUAAGAAAGUCGGUAACGGCGGUAGGUAGUUAGUUGAGUCGCUGCGACGUGGGUGAGAAGAUUUGACAUCAGCAGAAUAGUGCUAGUACAGUAACAUCUCACCAAAUACGAGGCAAGCAACUUUGUUGCUGAGAGAAUAUGCUUGCUACACAUUCUACCACUAUCAGCAGGUCGAGGCACGAAUCAAGAGUGGUGAGAUGGCCCGAAAUGCAGACGGAGGCGAUACAACAGUGGAGAGAUAUGACGGCAGUCUCGUCACGUUCCCAACUUGGCGAAGUGCGAGCACGACAUGAAGAAAGUCGUCCACGAAACACUGAUUCACUGCAAAGCGAUGCAAGUCUCAGCAGCUCUGGGGAGCGUACCACUUCAAACAGCAAGACACAGGAAAUCACGGCUCAUCUCAAGUAUUUGGUACGGGCCUUCUUGAAACAAACACGGGCUGCUCCUACUGCCAGUGACACUUCAGGCAAGUUAGCAGGCAAGUUAGCAAACAAUGAAUCAUUUGUACCGUCCCCGAAGAUCACAUUCCUCAUCGAUAAGCCAAGUAAUCUCACCUGUCAGAUUUGCCAACAAACAAUUCUGAAGCUAGCAAUCACAGCUGACGACCCAGGGCCUAGCAUGGCCUCCAUCUUGCCAUGUGGGCACGUAGCUUGCCACGACUGUUUCAGACGGUGGUUUAUAAAUCACGAUUCUUGUCCAUUCUGUAGGACAAGUAUGGUCCACACAGGUUGUGGACAUCAGGUCAAACCACGUCUGCUUGCCCAAGACACUAUUCACAGCAUCCCGGCAACGCUCUCGAAAAGUGGAAAGAUUGGGACCACGUGCUUCACGUGUGUCCAAAGAAAUCGAAGGGACGUAUCUGUAGAGCGCUGGGCCAGGCUCGCCGAGGAAUUCAUAGCAGCGCGGCAGAAAGCUGACGAUCUUGGCACCGAUGAAGCUAUGGAGCAUCUUUGCAGGGCGCAGAAAGCGUUUGAGAGGAUACCAGAGGACGACUAUUGCGUGCUAUCGAGCAUGAGACAUCGCCAGUGGUGAGUCCGCUUUGUUGUCUUUUACCAUAAUCCUUCUUUUUUACUGCGCAAGGUUGCCGGCUGAUGAAGCGUAAGUUCCAUUGCCAAGCUCCUAUUCUUCUCGCUUGAGUUUUUUUUUUCUGUUUCUUAAAGUUGUUCCGCAGCAUUAACACCUCAGGCGAGCUCUGUGUUUCUCCUUACCUAAGUACCUAUGAUAAGUAUAACAUGGCAUAAAUAUAAUGUUUCCUCAAAUUUAGAUAAGUAGAUGAUUAAAAUUGGGAUGAUCACUACUUUCAAUACUGGUGCCUGGCGUAGACGUAGGUACCUACUCGCUACAGUACGCAACUGGCAGCCAAACAGUGCGACAAUGCGCCAAUGUGGUACAGGUAGCGCUUGAAAAGCUGUAGGUACCCUUUUCGGCAAUCGAACCUUCACAGCCCACAGCGGAGAAACCCUGUUGUGGCAUCUGGUCCUUUCGGAUGAACAUGAGCGCCGGGUCUGACCGGGCAAGUGUGCAUUGGGUAACU